GGAAGUCGCUGUAAACCGUAAUGGCGUCGGCAGUGUUGAUCUGAGUGUAUCAGUAUGUUAUUAUUUCGAUAAUAUUGUGGUAAAUAGUGUAAAUAAAAAGGGUUGAACAGUGUCCAAUCGAUAGAGACAACCCUAAAAUAAGUGAUGCAAAAUGAUACCGUCUUUAAAUUUGAAUGGAUCACCCUCUUACGGAUAACGGAGAUCGGUUUUGUUAUAUAGUUUUUUUUUUGCACCAAAAUGGUGGGUGUUUCAUAUAUGAUAAUAGUGAUAUUGUUUUGUUCGUGGAAGAGCGAAGCCCUAGUGUCCAAAGAUGUACCAUCGGUAUGCAUCCACCUGGGUGACUACGUCGACUGCGCUAGCAGAAAUCUAGAUGCUAUACCGGAUAACAUCCCAACAUGGACAAGGAAAUUGAAUCUUAAUAAUAAUACUAUUAAGAAUUUAACUGGAGAUGCUUGGAGAAACCUGAAUCAAAUCAUUGAAUUGAAAUUAAACAAGAACAAGAUUCAGUCAUUGGUGAAAGACACAUUCAAAAACAUGAAGCGCCUAAAAAUAUUAGAAAUCAAUCGAAAUGUGUUAGACAGUAUUGAACCCUUGAGUUUCCAGCAAUUGGAGCUGGUUUCUGCUUUAAAACUCAGGAGGAACCGCAUUAAGUACCUGAAAGAUGGUACAUUCUUUGGACUGACUAAGAUACAUUCAUUAGCUUUGGACUUCAAUUUAGUUCAAGUCAUUGAAAAGAGUUGGCUCUAUGGUUUAGAUAAUUUAAAGGAAUUGUCUCUAUCACAUAAUGCAAUACAGACAAUUGAUAAUGAUGCUUGGGAGUUCUGUAAGGACUUAGAGGAGCUGGACUUAGCAUUCAAUCUGCUGAAUUCAAUUGAAAGGGACACCUUCAAAGAUUUGAGCAAGUUGCAUACUCUUUUACUCUCCAACAACAAUAUUACUUUUAUUGAGGAAAACGCUUUCUAUCACACCCAAAAUCUGAAGAUACUUAAUCUAAGUAAUAACAAAAUUUCAUGGACUAUUGAGGAUGCUCAGGGUGUUUUUAGUGGCCUUACGAAUUUGGUUAAAUUCCACAUUGCUUCUAAUGACAUUAAGUCUAUUAACAAUAAGGCCUUCACUGGUUUACACAAAGUGACUUAUUUGGACUUGAAGGACAAUAAUAUUACUGCUAUAAAGGAGAACGCUUUUGCCGAGAUGCUUUCAUUGAAAGAGUUAUUAUUGAACACCAAUUCACUAUUAUGUGAUUGUAAUUUACUUUGGUUUUACGAGUAUCUCAAGUUGAAGAGACUUGAAGCUUCCACCAUUUGUGCCUAUCCCGAUUGGUUGCGUGGUCAGCAGUUGCUGAAAGUUCCAUCAAGCAAUUUAACUUGCGCGGAUGGACUGACUCCGGUCAUUAACAACGUGUUUCAACCGCAAAUCAUAGCUCUCAAAGGAGCGGAUAUUUCCUUGAGCUGCACGGCGACGUCGUCAGUCUCUAUGCUUUUUCAAUGGAAAAAGGAUAAUCUGGAAUUGCAGAACUCCGACGCGUCGGUUAUUACAUCGAGCGUUGGUAAAAAUAGGCAAACUGUGUCUUUCUUUAACAUAACUAGAAUUCAGCAUUCGGAUGCCGGGAAAUACCAGUGCGUCGUCUCCAACAGCUACGGUACCACUUACUCGCAAAAAACACAAAUAUCUGUUCUAAUUUAUCCUACGUUCAAUACAAUGCCGAGCAAUAUAACCGUGCGAGCUGGAACAACUGCCAGAUUGGAUUGCUCGGCAUCCGGUGAGCCGCAACCUGAAAUAGCCUGGCAAAAAGACGGCGGAAACGAUUUCCCUGCAGCCAGAGAGCGGAGGAUGCAAGUUAUGCCAGCAGACGAUGUCUUUUUUAUUAUGAACGCCAAGCCUUCGGACAUGGGCGUCUACAGUUGCACGGCCAAAAACGCCGCCGGCAAAAUCGUUGCAAAUGCGACAUUGAGUAUAGAAGAGAAGCCCUCAUUUGUAAAGCCAAUGGAGAAUAAGGAAGUCGCCCUCGGGGAAACCGUAGUAAUCCACUGUUACGCAAGCGGGGCUCCGAAGCCCAGCAUCUGCUGGUACAAAGAUGGUCUUCCCAUAGUCAUCACCGAAAGGCAUUUCUUUACAGCUGAAGAACAGAUGAUGAUCAUCGUUGAUACAGUAUUAAGCGACGGAGGUGACUACAGUUGUAGGUUGAACAAUUCGCUGGGAAUCGAAACGGGAUCCUGCAAAGUCAACGUGAAACCUGUGUUCAUGUCGAAUAGUGAUCUAUGGGGAAUUAUUAUAAUUACUGUAGUAGCGUGCGCCGUGUUCACUUCCGUAGUCUGGGUGGUUAUCAUCUACCAGACUAGACGGAGGAUGGACGCGGUCAACGCCGUGCAGCCACCUAACGUGCCCAUUAUGCUGGACUUCGACGCCAACAUUAUAAACCAAUACCACGCAGACAACACUUCCGAACACUCGUCUUGCAAAGAUAGCGGAACCGGUGAUUCUGCUAAAAGAAGUAACGACGAUUUACUUCCUGGCGAUGAAUACACAUUUAUUAUCAACGAUGCAAAUACUGGGGAUAAAAAUACUACGAUGAGAACGGCGAGCUUAGUUUACUUACCAGCAGAAACCAACAAUUCCCUGACGCCUCUUUUGCAUUUAAACAAUUCAUCUUACCCCAGAUCGACGAACCAUGAUCGGUCUGAUAGUAAUCACGAGAACGAUAUUAACGCGAUUACUAUCGACACACCGAAAGGGUAGAGCGAGCACUGUUUUAUUUGAUUCUUUUUAUUUGUUAGUAACUUUGAUUUAGACAUCGGGCUUUAAUUUAAUUUAAUCGGAAAUAAUUUCCGGCAGUUAGUGAUUCAAAAUCCAUAGAUCUAAAAGAUAUUAGAUACCUUUAAAAUACAGUAUUCUUAAAUGCAGAAUGCUCAUUACUAAAAAACCGGCUCUUUCUAUACUAUCCAGCAAAGGUACGUUUCUUAUUAAGUUUUGUUUUUAUUUUUCCUAAUUUAUUGAAACCACAUUAUAUGUAAUUUUGUGGGGUUUCCUAUCAAUGGUACAAUUGUAUAUAAGUUAUACUUUUUUUAAUUGUAUUUUUAGUUCCUAAACUAAAUUAAGCUAUUCGACUGUUCUUAGUUUAUAGUACAAGUUCUAUUUUCAUAGCGGGCAUUUUAAUUCUUCGAUGCACAUUUCCUCCCAGGAGAAGGGAAUGGACCACGAAUCUAAAUAAAAUCCCUUCUAUUUCGAAAAAGAGAAAAAUAAUGUUUAAAAAUAAACAUUAAUAUAAAGGGAUAAAGAGUCUGUGAAAAAUAUUUGCAAUAUUUUGGCCUUCGAUAUUUUGUUCGACGAUACUGUGGCUGUACUUUUCGAAAUGAUAUUUUUUUAAACCAUUUUAGAAUGAAUACAUGUAUAUGACUACAGUAGGCUAUCGACUCGAGUCUUUCAGACUGGAACAAAAUAGUAACAUACUACGCGAAUUGCCUUAAAAAUUUCUAUUUAUACUACUUUUCGGGUGAUUAAAAUAGAGAGAUAUUUAUUGAUAAAUGAAAAUAAAGAAAACAUAAAAUUUGAGAUUUAACGUUUUAGCUAAAAUAUGUAAUUUUAUUUUCUAUAUUAUACAAGAAGAGCGUUGAUGAAUAUAACCAGAGAAUUAAAAUGUUGAAUAUAACUUUUAUUCAAAAAACAUUAUAAAUUUGUUGAUAUUAUUGCUUGUCCUUCAGGGUAAAGUUAUUAGUUUUUUGUUUUCUUUGAAAUUAAGAUAUUAUUAUUUUUUCUCUAGUUAGGGCCUCUAAUAGUUGUAUAAAUAUUGCAGGAGAGGAGAUUUUGUAGAACAAAGUUUGUUGGUUUUGAAGUCCUCCACGACAAAGUAUUCUUGUUUCAAUAUAAGUGUAGUAUGAAUGUUCUAUUUAUUGUAAACAAAAUGAUGAUGUGUGUUUUAGUGAUUGUCUUGUCUAGAU